AUGAUCCUCGUCAAGGACGGUGACGUUGACAUUGGUGCCAACCCCUCCGCCGAGGAGGCUGAGGAGGCCAUGGCCGACGGUGCCGAGCAGGUCAACAACGUUGUCCACUCCAUGCGUCUCCAGCCCUCUUCGUUCGACAAGAAGCCUGAACUUAUCAGCCGACACGCAACAUCUUUUCUCAAGCUAACAUCACAGUCGUACCUUGCCUACCUUAAGGGCUACAUGAAGGCUGUCAAGGCCCACCUCCAGGAGAAGAACCCCGAGCGCGUUGAGGCUUUCGAGAAGAACGCCCAGACCUUCGCCAAGAAGAUCAUUGGCAACUUCAAGGACUACGAGUUCUACGUCGGCGAGUCCAUGAACCCCGACGGCAUGGUCGCUCUCCUCAACUACCGUGAGGACGGCACCACCCCCUACGUGAGUACCAGCCCAACAUAA